GAGUUUCUGUUUCCACAUUGACUUCUGGCGAUCGAACCACGAGAGUGGCCACUAUAUGAACCGUUCAUCGCAUCGCAUUCAUUGUCCAUCAUCUCGCCAAGCACAAGCAACUCACUACAUCUCACUUGUAAGCUCUCAUCAAGGUGUACUAGCUAGCUGAUCGUGGUCAUCACUUCCAACGAGCUAGCAGCUUGGUCGUUCGUCCCUGCCGAUUGUCGCACCGAUCAGAUGGAGCACGAGCAAGUGCUAGUGGUGCCUCAGGUUUCCAACGACGAUAGCUGCACCUGCAGCGGCAGCGGCAGCACCACGACGAGUUCGAGCUCCCUGAACGCGUCCUCCCCCAGCUCAGGUGACGACGGCGCCGUCGUGGCCGUCGGCAAGAAGCGGCCGCGCAGGGACCUGAAGCACCCGACGUACCGCGGCGUGCGCAUGCGCACCUGGGGCAAGUGGGUGUCCGAGAUCAGGGAGCCCCGCAAGAAGUCCCGCAUCUGGCUCGGCACCUUCGACACCCCGGAGAUGGCCGCCCGCGCGCACGACGUCGCCGCGAUCGCCAUCAAGGGCCGCAGCGCGCACCUCAAUUUCCCGGACACCGCCCACGAGCUGCCCCGCGCCGCCUCAGCCGCGCCCAAGGACGUGCAGGCCGCGGCAGCGCUCGCCGCCACCGCCUCACCGUCUCCACCUGACAUCACUGCCGUCGUUCAAGAUCACGAGGACUUGGAACCGGCGGCCGUGCCUGAGCAGGAGUCGCCGGACUGUGUGAUAAUCGAGAAUGCGGCACCGCAGGACAAUGGUGGCAUCGGACUAGCAGCAGACUUCUCGUUCUUCGACGUGCCGGAUGCUCUUCUAGAAUUCGCGUUCACUACGCUGCCGGAACCGCCGUCGUACCGCGGCUCGCCGUGGGAUGACUUCGUCGACGACGAUCUCUUCCUCGGGGAGCCGUUGCAGCUCUGGGAACAUUGAUGAACAUGCAUUGCAACCCGGCCGGUGUGCAUGCAGAAAUGCAUUGCACGAAACAUGCAUGGUUUCUUUUAUCCGGCUGUGGUAACUAACAUCGUAGCUAAAGAUUUACUUGAACAAAUUUCUUGAUUCCUUUGCAGGCCAAUAAAUUUGACACCGCUUUAGGCGAUAUCAUAUCAUACGGUUGCAGUCAAGCUUUCAAGACUUGACUGCAACUUUGAUUUCCCUAUUUUAUUUUUCCUUUUUCCAGCUGAAGUUCUGCUUGUAAUAGGAUAGCAUGGGCGUGGUAGCUGCCAGUUGUUUUUGCCCUGCAGCUCGACUUCGUCCGAGCAACAGGGUUUUUCCUGGUAGCUAGCUAGCGUGUCUGCAUUUUGUCAGACCCGUCGUUUUUCCUGCUCUUUAUUUCCCUGUAAAUUAAUUAAUUUAUAUGUUUCCGCAAUUCCUGGACAAUUCUCCA